GAAGUAAAGAGAGAGAAGCUUUCUUGCCACACAUUAAUAGAAAACUUCAGCUGUAGUAGGCUAGAGGUUCAAGACUUACUAACAACAGUUACUGGCCAGAUGCAAACAUGAACAACUCAUCUUACUCCAGCUCUAACGGGACAGUCUUCGGGGAUACCACAGGGGGAGCUAUGGCAUACGUCAUCCUGUCUGUGUGCUUUGUAGUGGGGACUCCAGGGAACCUGCUGGUUGUGUGGACCAUCAUGAGGCAUGUGAAGAACCGCUCUCAUACUCUGCUGCUCAUCAUGCACCUGGCUGUUGCUGAUUUGCUGGUACUUGUGACCCUGCCUCUGUGGAUCUACUCGCUGGCUCGGUCCUGGGUUUUUGGUGAGGUUGCGUGCAAGGCCAUGGCGUACGUCAUCUAUGCCUGCAUGUACGCCAGUGUUUUUCUGAUCACUAUUAUGAGUGUGGAGCGCUAUUUGGCUGUUAAGUACCCUUUUAAGAUGCUGCACUGGAAAAACAGCAAAGCUAUGAGACUAAUCCUGGCUGGGGGGUGGACCCUGGCCCUCCUGCUAGGACUGCCAGCUAUUUGGACCCGAUCUCUUGAAAGCACAGAUGGUGUUUUUCACUGCAUAUUUUCAGAGAUUGGUUCAGUCGCUCUGGAGGUCUUUUGUGCAUGUUUGGAGACAUUGAUCGGCUUUGUCAUCCCAUUUCUCACCCUGGCGGUGUGCUAUGUCAAGGUGGCGUCUCAACUUCGUCACAUGCACAGAAGGAAUAAACACAAAUCUGCUUUCCUCAUCACUGCGGUGGUGGUGGCCUUUGCUCUCUGCUGGCUGCCCCAUCAUAUUAUGAAUGUCAUUAACAUAGCACAUCUGCUUGGAGCAGACUCACUGGAAGAAGUCUCAGAAGCAGCAGGAUACAUCUCUGGAGCGCUGGCAUUCGUUAGCAGCUCAGUGAAUCCAUUGCUUUAUGCUUUUGCUGCCAGAAGCUUCCAGGGAAGUCUGAGAAAGUCAGCAAUGGCCAGACUCUUUCAGGAAAUUGCUACACAUACUGUCCAAUCAAGAGGGACUGAGCUCCAGACUUUUGACUCUUUGGAACCUGCAGCAGAUGUCUAAGGUGUGCUGGGUGAAUUCUGACUUGAACUGUGUUUCAAGACUUGGAUUGCAUCACAUACUGAGAACUGUUCUUAUAAUUAGUGUCAAUGCAUGGAAGGAUGUUAGUUAAUUCUUAUUCAUUCAACGUUUUAAAUAGGUUGUAUUUUUAAAUUCCUUUAUGAAACUUGUUUUCACAUGUGAAUUUACUGGGAAAUUGGGACUCAGCACUCAAGCCAAAAAAACAGGAACUUCUCAAUUUUCAUGUGAACAACAUGUAGUAAACAUCAUGUGUUCAGACUAGACACACAUUGUGGUUAGGGAGAUUUUACAUUAAUUCACCCUGGAUAUUCUCACGCCUUACAAGUAAACAAAUAAAAACAUUGCACAUUUUCUCAUUCAGUUAGAUCACAAAUUUUUUGUCCUCUUGGGACCUGAACUAUAAUGUUGUGUGCUUUGCCAUUGCUCCUAACUAUUCUUUAUGUUCUUUAUGUCAAUAGAUUGAUUGUACUUUUUAGUGUUGUCUUAUGUAGCCCUGUGUCUUUAUGUAGCCUUGUGUCUUUAUGUAGCACCAGGGGGUUUCAUUUCACUCAAACCCAAGUACCUGAUCAGCUAUAUAUGGUUGAAAUAACAAUAAAGGCCUCUUGACUUGUUUAUAAGAACUUGAUAGCUAUGCAAAUUGAUUAAUUGCUUCACAGAGGAAUAAGGGCAAGUACAGAAAUACCAGAGUGUCCUCAUAUCAGUUACCAGGAGAAACCUCAUACAGUAUGUCUCAAAAGAUGAAUGUUAACUUUUUACAGUUGCACAAAGUCAGGGAUUUUGUAAGAUCAGAGUCAGGUGUAUGAUUAACCAGUCAUACCAAGCAGGUGCUAAUGAUCAUCAAUUUCAUAUGUAGGUUAAAACACAUUCAUUCACGUCAUUAACUGAAACAGAAACAGCUGUGAAGGAGGCUUAAAACUGGGUGAGGAGCUGUGUAGGGGCUUACAACUGGGUGCAACAGACAAAGACAGUUUCAUGUCACGGGUCCUACAAGACUGAACACAGCAACAAGACACAAGGUACAUACUACAUCAGCAAGGUCUCUCCCAGGCAAAGAUUUCAAAGUAGACUGGGGUUUCAGGAUGUGUAGUUCAAGUUGUUUUGAAGAAGCACAAAGAAACAGGCGAUGUUGAGGACCAUAGACACAGUAGUCAGCCAAGGAAACUUAAUACAGCAGAUGAAAGACAUCAUGCUUACUUCCUUACGACACUGGAAGAUGUCCAGCAGUGCCAUCAGUAAAGAACUGUCAGAAACCAGUGGGUCCACCUACUGUCUGGCCAGAAGUGAAAGAAUUGCCUUCAGAAAGCCAUACAAAGCCAAAGCGACUCAACUAUGAACAAAAGCAUAGGAAGUGGGGCGCAGAAAAAUGAGUAACUGAUGAGUCAAAAAAUUGAAAUGUUUGUCUGUAGCAGGCGGAGGUUUGUUUGGCUGCAUUUCUACAAAUGGAGUUAGAGAUUUGGUCUGGUUUAAUGGUGCUGAGAAAUAGGCAGAUACUUCUGCAUCAUGCAAUACCAUCAGGAUGUGUGAGACAGUGUCAUGCUCUGGGCAAUGUUCUGCUGGGAAACCUUGGGUCCUGUCAUCCAUGUGGAUGUUACUUUGACACGUACCUACCUAAGUAUUGUUGAAGAUCAUGUACCCCCUUUCAUGGAAACGGUAUUCCCUGAUGGCUGUGGCCUCUUUCAGCAGGAUAAUGCGCUGUGCCACAAAGCAGCAGUGGUUCAGGAAUGGUUUGAUGUGCUCAACAACGAGUUUAAGGUGUUGACUCGUCCUCCAAAUUCCACAGAUCUCAAUCCAAUCAAGCAUCUGUGGGAUGUGCUGGACAAACAAGUUCGAUCCAUGGAGCCCCCACCUCGCAACUUAAAGGAUCUGUUGCUAAAAUCUUGGUGCCAGAUAACACAGCACCUCUUCAGGGAUCUAGUGGAGUCCAUGCCUCGACAGGU